AUGGACGGCGAGGCAGCGGCGGCGCCCCCGGCGCUCCCCGGCGACGGCGCCGCCUGGUGGAGCCUCUUCGGCGCCCUGCACGUCAACGUGGCGGUGGCGCCCGUCUUCGCCUUUGGCGUCAUGGCCCCGUCCUUCGGCCGCCUCGCCGGGUCGUCGCCCGGCGGCACGGCGGCCAUCGGCGUCGCGGCGAACGCGGGCCUCUGGCUCAACGUCGUGCCCGGCUACGCCUACGACGCCCGCGGCCCGCGCUUCGCGACGGCCGUCGGCCUCGGCCUCGCGCUCGCCGGCUACGGCGCGACGGCCCUCGCGCUCGCGGCGCGCCGGGCGGCACGCGACGCGACGCUCCUUUCGCGCGCGACGCGCGCGGGCGCGGCCGCGGCCGCCGCGGGCUGGUUCGCCGUGGGCCACGGCUCGGCCUGGAUCUACACGGCGACGCUGCUCCACAACGUCACGAACUUCGAGGUCGACGCGCGGGGCUCCGGGCGGGAAACCACAAUAGGCAACGCGACUAUGAUGCGGGGCUACGUCGUCGGCUGCCUCCAGGCCUGCUUCGGCCUCUCGGGCGUCGCGUUCGCGCAGCUCUACGACGCGUGCCUCUUCGGGACCGUCGACGCCGCGGGCGCCUGCGCCGGCGGCUGGUUCGGCGGCGAGAAGCUCCUGCCCUUCCUCGGCCUCGCGGCCGCGGCGCUCGCCGCGGCCUGUGCCGCGGCGACGGCGCUGAACCUCGCGCUCGCCGCGCCGGCGCACGCGGCCGCGGCGGCCGGCGGCCGGGCGCUCGCGCGGGCGACCUGCGCCGCGCGGCGCCGCCUCGAGCGCGCGCUCGCCGUCUGCGUCGCCGCGGUCGCCUUCGCCGUCGCCGCGGGCCUCGCGGGCGGCGCGGCGCGGACCUGGGCGCCGCUCGCGCUCGCCGCGAUCGUCGCGGGCCUCGGCCCCGCGCUCUUCCCGCGCCGCGGCGGCGCCGCCGCGCCGCGGCUCCGGCGCCGCGCGACCUACCGCUUCCCCGACGACGGCGAGCCCGACGACGGCCGCGGCGCGCCGCUCCUCGCCGGCGGGCCGCCGCCCGCGCCGCCGAAGCGGCCGGACGCGACGGCGCGCGACGCGCUCGCCGACGCGCGCUUCUGGGCCCUCUUCGUCGCCUUCGGCGCCGCCGUCGGCGGCGCCAUCGCGACGAGCAACAACCUGGCCGUCAUCGCGGCCGCGCGCGAGCCCUGCGCCGCGGACCGCGCGGCCGCGCGCGCCGUCACGCGCGUCCCGGCGCCGACGACGGCCGCGACGGCGCUCCUCCUCGCGGGCGCCGCGGUCCCCGGCCGUGUGGAAACCACCCACUGGUUUGGGACGUGA